AUGUUCAGGAAUACUUUUCAAAGUGGCUUCCUGUCUAUAUUAUACAGCAUAGGCAGCAAACCAUUACAAAUUUGGGAUAAAAAGGUAAGAAAUGGUCAUAUAAAAAGAAUUACAGAUGGCGACAUCCAGUCAUUGGUUUUAGAAAUUAUAGGCACGAAUGUUAGCACAACUUUCAUUACAUGUCCUUGUGACCCAAAGAAAACAUUAGGGAUAAAGUUGCCAUUCCUAGUCAUGAUUAUAAAGAAUUUGAAAAAGUAUUUCACAUUCGAAGUUCAAAUAUUAGAUGAUAAAAAUGUGCGACGCCGAUUCAGAGCAAGUAAUUAUCAGAGCACAACAAGAGUGAAACCCUUCAUAUGCACAAUGCCCAUGAGACUGGAUGAAGGAUGGAAUCAAAUUCAAUUCAAUUUGUCAGACUUCACAAGGAAAGCAUAUGGAACCAAUUAUAUUGAAACUCUGAGAGUACAAAUUCAUGCCAACUGUCGCAUUAGAAGAUUAUACUUCUCUGAUCGACUCUACUCGGAAGAAGAACUUCCAGCAGAAUUCAAACUGUUCAUACCAGUGAUGGGAAAGAAAUAA